CGCGGGGCGGGGGGUGGCAAGUGCACGGGGCCCGCUGCGCACCCGGCUCCGCGCCCCGCCGCGCUGGCCGCCCGCCCCGGCCUCCGCCUGGGGGAUGAGGUGGGAGGCGCUAGGAGCCACUUAGCUACUGCCCGGCGCCCGAUGCGGCACUCGCUCGCUGCCCCCGCCACCGAAGCGCCCGCCGGGCACAAUGCAGCACUGAGGCGGCGGCGGCUGCGGCUGCGGCAGCGGCGCGGGCUGGGAAGGGGCGGCCGGGAGCCGGAGCCCGAGCCCGAGCCCGAGCCCGGGGCACCAUGCAUGCAGCGGCGGCCGCGUCCUUCUGGAUGCUCUGCGUCUUGGUGACCUGGCCCCUGGCGCGCUGCGGUCAGGCAGGAGACGCCUCACUGAGGGAACUGGAGAGGGGGGACGAAAACCGCUUCCUGGAGCGCCAGAGCAUCGUGCCACUGCGCCUCAUCUACCGCUCGGGCGGCGAGGACGAAACUCAGCACGACCAGCUCAACACGCGGGUGCGGGGCGACCCUGGCGGCCGGCAGCUGACUCACGUGGACAAGGCGAGCUUCCAGGUGGAUGCCUUCGGCACGUCGUUCGUUCUUGAUGUCCGGCUGAACCAUGAGUUGCUGUCCUCUGGCUAUGUGGAGAGACACAUUGAACAUGGAGGCAAGGUUGUAGAAAACAAAGGAGGAGAACACUGUUACUACCAGGGCCAGAUCCGAGGAAACCCUGCCUCAUUUGUUGCCCUGUCAACUUGCCAUGGACUCCAUGGGAUGUUCUAUGAUGGGAACCACACAUAUCUCAUUGAGCCAGAAGAAAAUGAGACCUCCCAGGAGGAGUCUCGUUUUCACUCGGUCUACAAAUCCAGACUGUUUGAAUUUCCCUUGGAUGACCUUCCAUCUGAAUUUCAGCGAGUAAAUAUCACUCCCCCAAAAUUUAUUUUGAAGCCAAAACUAAAGCGGAGUAAACGACAGCUUCUUCGAUUUCCUCGUAACGUAGAGGAGGAAACCAAAUAUAUUGAAUUAAUGAUUGUGAAUGAUCACCUCAUGUUUAAAAAGCAUCGCCUUUCGGUUGUACAUACAAACACCUAUGCCAAGUCUGUGGUGAACAUGGCGGAUAUGAUCUAUAAAGACCAACUUAAGACUAGGAUAGUAUUGGUUGCCAUGGAGACCUGGGCUGCUGACAACAAGUUUGCCAUAUCUGAAAACCCACUGGUCACCCUCCGUGAAUUUAUGAAAUACAGGAGGGAUUUCAUCAAGGAGAAGAGUGACGCCGUUCAUCUUUUCUCGGGCAGUCAAUUUGAGAGUAGCCGGAGCGGGGCAGCUUAUAUUGGUGGGAUUUGCUCGCUGCUGAGAGGAGGAGGCGUGAAUGAAUUUGGAAAAACCGAUUUAAUGGCAGUUACUCUUGCUCAGUCAUUAGCCCACAAUAUUGGUAUAAUCUCAGACAAGAGGAAGUUAGCGAGUGGUGAGUGUAGAUGUGAGGACACGUGGUCCGGGUGCAUCAUGGGAGACACCGGCUACUAUCUCCCUAAAAAGUUCACUCAGUGCAAUGUGGAGGAGUAUCAUGACUUCCUGAAUAGUGGUGGAGGCGCCUGCCUGUUCAACAAGCCUUCCAAGCUUCUAGAUCCUCCUGAGUGUGGGAAUGGCUUCAUUGAAACUGGAGAGGAGUGUGAUUGUGGCACCACUGCUGAAUGUGCCCUUGAAGGAGCAGAGUGUUGUAAGAAAUGCACCUUGACUCAGGACUCUCAAUGCAGUGAUGGCCUCUGUUGUAAAAAGUGCAAGUUUCAGCCCUUGGGAACUGUGUGUCGAGAAGCAGUGAAUGACUGUGAUAUUCGUGAAAUAUGUUCAGGAAAUUCAAGCCAGUGUGCUCCCAAUGUGCAUAAAAUGGAUGGAUAUUCCUGUGAUGGUACUCAGGGAAUUUGCUUUGGAGGAAGGUGUAAAACCAGAGAUAGACAAUGCAAAUACGUCUGGGGACAAAAGGUGACAGCAUCCGAUAGGUAUUGCUACGAGAAACUGAAUAUCGAGGGGACCGAGAAGGGUAACUGCGGGAAAGACAAAGACACGUGGAUACAGUGCAACAAACGGGAUGUGCUUUGUGGUUACCUUUUAUGUACAAAUAUUGGCAAUAUCCCAAGGCUUGGAGAGCUUGAUGGUGAAAUCACAUCUACAUUAGUUAUGCAGCAAGGAAGGACAUUAAACUGCAGUGGGGGGCAUGUUAAGCUUGAAGAAGAUGUGGACCUUGGCUAUGUGGAAGAUGGGACGCCCUGUGGCCCAGAGAUGAUGUGCUUGGAGCACAGGUGUCUUCCUGUGGCUUCCUUCAACUUCAGCACUUGCUCGAGCAGUAAAGCAGGCACUGUUUGUUCUGGAAAUGGAGUUUGCAGCAAUGAGCUCAAGUGCGUGUGCAACAGGCACUGGACGGGUGCUGACUGCAGCACUCACUUUCCUCACAAUGACGAUGCAAAGACCGGCAUCACCCUGUCUGGCAACGGUGUUGCUGGCACUAAUAUCAUAAUAGGAAUAAUUGCCGGCACCAUUUUAGUGCUGGCCCUCAUAUUAGGAAUAACUGCCUGGGGUUAUAAAAACUAUCGAGAACAGAGACAGUUACCCCAGGGAGAUUAUGUAAAAAAGCCUGGAGAUGGCGACUCUUUUUAUAGCGACAUUCCUCCUGGAGUCAGCACAAACUCAGCAUCUAGUUCUAAGAAGAGGUCUGCUUUUUUGUCGCAUUUUCAGAUCUCCACCUGUUCCAUCACACAUUAUUCCAUUAGUCAGAACAUUUCAUUAUUUUGCAGCAGGUCAAAUGGGCUCUCUCAUUCCUGGAGCGAAAGGAUUCCGGACACAAAACAUAUCUCCGACAUCUGUGAAAAUGGGAGACCUCGAAGCAACUCCUGGCAAGGUAACGUGGGAGGCAACAAAAAGAAAAUCAGAGGAAAAAGAUUUAGACCUCGAUCUAAUUCAACUGAGAGGGAGCCCCAAGCACCUGAGCCUGGGCACUCCCUCGCCCAGACAAUCCCAUCCCAAGGCAUAAGCCCAGGGGGCUCUGACAGCCCCCAGACAGGGAGUCUGGAUCACAGGUAUUUAAACCCAUGGUUCAAAAGAGACUAUAAUGUAGCUAAGUGGGUAGAAGAUGUGAAUAAAAACACUGAAGGACCCUACUUUAGCUCCCAAGAUGGCCAACAUCAAGAAGACAGGACCCUGUCUCCUGCCAAGUCUCCUUCUUCAUCAACUGGGUCUAUUGCCUCCAGCAGAAAAUACCCAUACCCGAUGCCUCCACUUCCUGAUGAGGAGAAGACAGUGAACCGACAGAGUGCCAGGCUAUGGGAGACAUCCAUUUAAGAACAACUGUUUACAUGCGACACAUCGAAACUGUUUACUUUUAUAGACACCCUGCCACCCACAGUCACUGCAAGACUUAUCUGCUCUUCUGACGACUGAAGACCCUCUGAGACCCCAGAGGAGAGGAAGCCAGGGGUUGUACCUGGAUUGCUGUUCUCUUUCUGUCAUUGGCUUAAGGUUUAACCAAAUGGUGAAAAGAACUACUGGAGUGUUACACUACAACAUGGGACCCUUUAUGGUCUGGUAUCGGUAUGCUCAUGGAUAAUCUGCAUGACAGAUAUAUGUAGAAUAUCAAUAAAAUUAACUCACAUGACCCAGAUUAGCAGGUUUCCCUGAGGGACAGAAGUGGAUUCAGAACUGGGCAUUCUGAAACACAUCCUCAUUGCAAACAGCAAUGCCAUAUGCAUGAAGCUUCUGUUUAUUGUUUUCCAUAUGCAAGGAAACAACAUCCCAUAAUAGAAACUAGCAUGCUGGGCUAAGGCAUAUAGGAUUUCUCUGCAGGACUGCCGGGCUGUAAAGCUUCGAGAGGCCAAUAUCCCAUGUGCUAUCUUUAAACAUGUAUUUUUAUUUUUAUUUUUUACUUUUCAUAUUUAUAUUAGCAUACAAGGACAACUGUACAUAUGUAAACAUUUUUAAAACUUAAAAGGUAACUGUUACACAUAAGUGUAUUUUGCCAAAUGCCUAAAAACAGUCAGUCACAAUUCUGUCAUUGUCCUCCAUCCUGCAGUCUUCAGAGUGUAAGUGGGUGAUGUGCUGCAGUGGUCAGUGCUGUAAAAGGAGCUCUCCAUAACUGGUGUUUGUCUAAAACGGGUGAUUUCCCUUCAGAGUGCGUACAGAGGAGGUGUUACUGAGUGAGGGACCAGACUGCUCAAACCUCUGGCCUCUGCAUCGUGCUGAUGGUGGACUCCAGAUGGGCAGUAGCCGUGUAGCUUCAGGCCACCCUGGAGCUGACAGGCUCUCUGGGAAUCUGCCAACGCGUGUCCUCCACAUCCGAGACACAUGGUGCCUGCCACAGUGGCUGUCCCCAGGACCAGGGCAUGUCAGCUCCUCUCACUCCAGAAAGUGUCUUGCCGCGGUUGACCAGAUGCACCAAAGACAUGGACCACAGCGUGGGUAGCUCCCGCCCAGGCAAAGCCUGGUCUGAGGUCUGGGUCCCUUGACAAAAUCCUUUCAGCUAUUAUCUCUGAGGGGAAUGACCUGUGUUCACAACAUUAACACAUUUUCAUCACUGGGAUGUAAGUCCCAGCAGGUCAUUCUGGCUGAGUUUGAACAAGGUGGCGGAUGGAAGCCUCAACAGGGCACACAAGAUUAAAUAAAGCCUGUGGCUACGUGGAUGCAGUGACAUUUUCCACUGAAGAAAAGAGUUUUGAGCCCUAUAAAUUUUGAUCCACUAAGAAAUUAGUGUUCUAUAUGAAAUCUUGUCACUUAAAAUGAAAAAUUAACAGCUGUUUUAAUGCAAUGUUAUCAUUCCAAAAGAAAGCCACUCUAGUGAGAUCCAGAAUCAGUACGGUCAGUUGUAUGGCCUGCUGUGAAAUACAUUUCUGAUUUCCCCCUUUUCCUUGAUGUUUCAUGUGAGGGAUGGAGUCAUCAGACAGAAACUGGGAAAUCUACUCUACGUUUGAUUUUGUCCAGAAGUGUCCAGGGACACAGUUUGUUUUAUCUCCGUGUAGAAUUGUCUUAGAUGCCCAGACUGAAGGUGGCAGCAUACUCAGUUCCUGUCUCUUGCAAUGGUCCACUUCCUCGGAAACAGCCGGAAGGUGUUAGGAAGCCAGUUUAAUCACACAGAAUUAUACAGUGAAAAACAGCCUGACAGGAAAGGAUAUAGCUUUCUGAUGGCUCAGUAAAACGGUCUCAGACAAAGGCGUGGGUGUUAAACAGUCUCCACCAGCUUAAGGAAAGGACAGAAGGGCAGACUGGUGGCAGAUGAAAAGAUGUAGAAAAUGAAGUGACUUUUGAACAAGAUCACUUUAAGUGUGCACUGAAUGUUUGCUGGUAUUGAGUGUAUAAAAGGCUAAUAUAAUAUAAGGUUUAUUUUGACUACGAAGAAGUUUAUAGCUUUGAAGGGAAGGUGCCUCCUGUAAAUGUACUUUGUAGUUAUAGUUAUGUACAUAAGCCCUUGCUUGAAAGAAUUCACACAUGGCUAGCUAGUGAGCUCAUUAUCUGUCUACCUACCAGUCUUUCCUCACCUUCUCAAUUAUUUUUACCUGGAGUCAUUGUAUUGAAAAUCAUUAUCACGUGCCUUUUGGGAGAAUCGGUUGCUCUGGUUUGUAAUCAUCUUCCUAUGAAACUGGAUGAAAAGAUUUUGCUUCACAUGCAGAGUGAUUUUAGAAAAAUAAUAGGUUUAAUGUUCUAGUCUAGGUAUCUAUCUCCCAUGUUUCAGCAUUCUUAGAAUUGUUUUUGGAAUUAACAAACUUUUCAUCUUGAUGGAUAGCUUCAAGAAGUAUGUAUCGGAGGAUUUAAAAUUGGUGUUGUAGAAUCAUCUAUGUUUGAUUUCAUUCUUUCAGGUAGACAGAAUAGACUCAUGGAAUCAAGUCCAAGCACACUGGUUAUACCUUUUUUUAAAUGUCUAUUUUGAAGAGGAACUUUGAAGCUCCAUAGUAGUUUGACUCAUGCAACUAAUAUUCAUACUUCCCAGUCUGCUGUGGGGGCAUUACUAUACAGACAGAGAAGGGCAGUAAUGUGUUCAUUCAGUGCCAUUUCUCUUUCUAAUAAUGGCAUCAGUGGGGCUGCAGAUAGCCCAGAUGUGUGCGAUGUUCCACUCAGCAGGUCAUUUCCAUUCCCGAGAGAAGUAACGUUCAGUCUUCCCACUCUGUGACCAGGGAGGCCUGCAGUAACAAAAUCCUUAAGGAAUGGACUGGCCAGGCUUACUCUCCCCAGCCACUUUCCUUAGAUGGGAAAUCCUCCUCCAGAGUCAGCAAGAUAGAAAAUACCUGCCAGUCUGCAGGGGCUGGAUUUGAAGAACAAAGACCGAACGCCCCAGCCCCUCACUUAGAUGCUAACUGAGGAGUUGCCCAUCUUUAGAGUUACUCUACAAAAGCAUUGCCUGGGAUAGAAAACAAGGGCUUGAGAUGCCUUCUUUGCAGGUAGAAGGGGGCGCUUAUUUUCAUGAUGCGGUUUCUUUUCCUUCUUGUUUCAUCACAGGGAUUUAAAGUAGCGUUUGCACAGGUCAGUCCAAUGUCGACUUAUAGAUGAAAGAUUGAUGGCAUGUCUAAAAUAAACCACCCUGAAGAUAAAAUUGUUCUCCACCCUCCCGGGGGUGGGAGGUAGGGCCGCUCUGUGUGCCAGGACAGUUCCACGUGCCUUUCUUCUGUUGCAUAUCUGCAUGACUUCAUCCUGUCCAUUUGCCCUAGACCUUCUGUAGCUACGUUACCUGUUGCGAUUUUCAGAUGUUGUUCUUUUUAUUGUUGUUGUUGUUGUUAGCUUUGAGCCAGGGAGAGUGUGAUAGUUCCACUCGCUUCUUUUAGAAUAUCAGAGUCCAGUUGGUUCAUUCCUUCAUUUUACUCUGUCACUUUUCUAUUGUCGUACUGGUUUACAGUACUUUAGACAUGCCCUUGUAUUUCAGUACAAUAAGUCCUUAUCUAAAGGUAAGAUUAUUUCUAUCUUACUUAAAUGUAAAGGAAGAGAAGGCUGUUUGGCAGGUUGCAGUAUAUGAAGAGGGGAACAGAGUUUGGAACUGAUGGGAAGGAGAAGCAAGACACCCGUCCACUCAGCCAGCCACACGGGGCACCACUGGCUGCUGCUGCUGGAUGCCAUGCGUGGAGCAUUCUCUAAUGGUCUGGCCAGUGGCAAGCUGGCUUGAGCUCUAAGACAAUUGGACUCCCGUCAGCAGCACAUUUUUCACUAUUUAUGUUCCUAAUUGUAUAUUUUUUAAAAACUUUUUUUCUUCUAUAACUGCCUCCUGCUUUCCCCCCUGAAAUAUAAAGCCAAGAUGAAUUUUUCUUUCUCAUUCUAGUAGCUUUGUAUAAAAAGCUGACAUUUCUGUGGAAGAGGGCUUAAUUUAGGGCUUGAAUACUUAUUUUUCUCCUGUUAAGACGACUCUGAUUUCAGAGGCAGGGUCUUUUUUUUUUUUUUCUGGGCACCAGAGAGCUAGGGAUUGGGGUGAACAGCUUCUCCUUUGAUGUACUGUAAAGAAUUCAGUUGACAUUUGUGAGAAUUGGCCGAGGCGGCAGCCCAUCUGGCUGUGUGGGAGCAGCGUGUUGCUCAAGUGUCCCGGCUGGUCGCGGUUGGCGCUUGCUUACAGCAAUAGGCUCUGUGGGCCAGGCACUUUCAGUUCUAAGAGGUUUCCUACCACUCCUGUAGGCACAAAACAAAAUUGCCCCAGACUUGGAGAGCAGAAGGUAGUAUUUCCAUUCCCGUUUUAGUUAUGGUUUUGGCAGUCCUUCAACUCUAGGACCUCCUAGAGUCAGUAAGCAGAAAAUCAAAACGUAAAGACCAUCGUCAGUUGCACCUCUGCCCUUCAUAUCCUUGGCCUUAGAUCCUAACGGAUUUGAUGGCUAUGUUUAAAACCUUCCUUCUUCCCCAGCAUCUGCAGUGCUCUUCUUCUCAAUUAGAAACACCCCCUAUCAUACAGGCCAGGGCCUUUUUUUUACCUUAAAAUAAAAAUUGGAAAGACCAUAGGCGUAGGGUGGGAGAGGUUAUCUUUCAUUUCCUUUUGACGUGCUGGUCUGAUUGUGCACCUUGCAAAGUCAUGAUGGGUCUCAGGGUAUAAAUCUCAGGAAGGGAAUAAGCGGCCGAGAGUUUUGAGAGAUCCUGGGCCAUUUAGUCCCAGCAUAGGAGCACAGUGGACAUCCACAUGAAGCACACAGAGGAGCUCAAGACAGUCAUGGGUAUGGAGGAGAGUCCUGGUGCCAGGGCAGAGCUACGUGCUUUGCAGCUCUCUGCAACGUUACCUUUUGGAGUAGUUUACUGUCCAGUGGUGUGUCCCUUGCAUUGUUCAUAGACCUCAUCAUACCGGGAGGGUCUGCAGAAGCAGCCGGCGUGUUGAUCGCAGGCAGCUCCUGGAAUCAAAUCCAAGUAAAAGGGCAUCCUGCGAGAUGAAGCGACCUUGUCAGCGUACACAAGGGCGUCAGUUUCUGCAUUUGUGAACAAAGGCUGGUCUCCCCUAAAUGGAUGAAGGCGUGCGUAUAUGCUCUCUGCAUUCAAUUUGCGACAUUUUGGUACAUGAUCUAUUUUGAUGGUUGAGUUUUAAAAUAUUGCAAAUGUCCCAAAUCUUUAAAUAUAGCGGUGCUAAGUUUUAUCAGAUAACACAGCACAGAAAGUGCUGAAAUGAAUUCAGACACUUAGGAGUAACACAAGGGUUCCUGGUAAAUUACACCUGUGUAUCACUGCCUGAUUUGAAAACCCCACUUUUCCUUUCUAAUCCAGCACAAUAUCAAACUGUGAUUCUCUAACUCUAUGACUCGCCUUUUUAAUGGCUACAGAUAACCCAACACCUUUUUUUAAUUAUUAUUAAUAGAAAACUUUUUUUUUUCUUUAACACUAACUGCAAAGUGCUUAGCAAAACGUUCCUUCUGGAUCACAGAGCAUUCUUCUUCUCCCGUCUCUAACUUGCUGGGAGACUUGCCCCUCCAGACUAGCAUUUCCAAAAGACAGUUUCCAGAAACCAAAGCAGUCCACAUGUUAGUUGGCAUUAGGUCUCUGCCAGUGUUUCCCACGUUCAUGGCCUCCGGAGGGCGAGGCCCACCUGCAGAUGACAGAAGCCACCCCCCCCUCUCGGGGACGUGUUAAUAGGAUCAGUGUGGUUCAUUUUGGGUAACUGGGUACUCGUGUGUAUAUACAUAGAUUUGCAUCAUUCAAACCUCCCCCCUCUGGUACUCCGCACGCAGGUUCUUAGGCUAUUUCCAAACUCACUGGGUUUUGGCAAAACACCAACAGAAAUGGAAUGAUGAUUGCUUUCCUGAGCAAGCGCGAUUUGUUUUAUGGCCGUUCAAGUUAUAAAAUUGUUCUCACAUUGUAGGUAAAUCUUGCUGUUUUUAAAAGGUCACUGUAACUCGAGAUUUAAAUUUCUGGCACAAUUUUAUUAGUGUUCACUUCUGAAGCUAAUAAGACUACAGAGUUUUCUAUGUUACUCUCAUUGUAACAUCGAUAAAGUGACUUUCAAUAAAAGAUUUAUGUUAUUUUGAUGCA